CCCGAAACCAGGUCGUUUUGUCGGCUCAAAUCUGGGCGUCUUUUCCCAUUUUUGACAUUGGAAACCGAACCAACAAACUUAUUCCCAUAUUGGUAUCAUUAUGAUGGCAGUCUAAGCUGUGAUCUGUGAUAUUUCGUGCAGUAACUUGCAAGUUCUCAGUCUCAUCAUAAGGCCUUCCCAAAACACAGAAAGAAAUAGGGCUGAUCAGCAGGAGCCACUAUAAUGGCGGAUAGCAGAGCUUCGACAAUGGUCGAAGCAGGCGGGACAGAUCAACAGCCGAAAUCGAGUAGCAGAAGCCCCUCAGUGCACCGAGGAGAGAAAUCCAGCGAUAACACCGUUGAUCUUGAGCUUGCCAUCUCUGAUGUUGGAGAUAAAGAUGUGAAGGUACCAGAAGAAUCCCGAGAUCCAAAUAUCGUCGACUGGGAUGGCCCAGACGACCCUCAAAACCCCUUAAACUGGACGAUUAAGAAGAAGGUCAUGAUUGUCUCUUCAAUAGCGAUAAUCACAUUCAUCACGCCUCUCGGAUCGUCCAUGUUUGCGCCGGGUGUUGCAGAUGUGAUGAGGGAAUUCCAAAGCCACAGUCCAGAACUCGCCUCUUUUGUCGUCUCAGUGUAUCUGUUGGGAUACGCGUUUGGUCCGCUAAUUCUCGCGCCUAUGUCCGAGUUAUACGGCCGAUCACCGGUUUAUCACGUCUGCAAUGUCUUUUUCGUUGUGUUCAAUGUUGCCUGCGCUGUCGCGAACAGCCUUGAUUCUCUUAUCGUGUUCCGAUUCUUUGCCGGUGUCGCUGGUUCUGCACCUUUAACUAUUGGUGCAGGUUCCAUGGCGGAUAUGAUCAGGCAAGAGAAACGUGGAGCAGCGAUGGCAGCGUGGGCCUUGGGUCCGUUGUUGGGUCCUGUCAUCGGACCUAUUGCUGGAGGAUACCUGACUGAGGCUAAAGGAUGGCGAUGGACUUUCUGGGUCCUUGCGAUUGUUUCUGGUGCGAUCACAAUCAAUACAUUCAUAUUCAUGCGAGAAUCCUACCACCCCAUUCUUUUGGCCCGCAAGACGAAACGGCUCAUCAAGGAGACCGGAAAUCAGAAUCUAAGAUCAGCUCUAGACAGGGGAAUCGAACCCAAGCAGCUUAUCCUCCAGUCCAUCAUUCGCCCCACAAAAAUGCUCUUUUGCUCGCCUAUUGUGUUUCUACUUUCACUCUAUGUUGCCGUUGUAUAUGGCUACCUCUACCUCCUCUUCACUACUAUAUCAUCGGUCUUUCACGACCAAUAUAACUUUUCGCAAGGAAACGUCGGCCUUGCUUUCCUCGGUAUUGGUAUCGGAAGCGUGGGCGGUUUGGGAUUUAUCUCUAUAGUUUCGGAUCGGCUUCUCAAAAAGCUAUCCGCAAAGAGUGGCGAGAUGAAGCCGGAAUACCGUCUUCCCCCGCUUAUCCCAGGCGGCUUGUUCAUCCCAGUUGGGCUCUUCUGGUAUGGCUGGACAGCUGAAUACGGGGUACAUUAUAUCGUCCCUAUUAUCGGCACCUUCUUCGUUGGAGUGGGCAUGAUUGUCACCAUGAUGGCGACGUCCACCUAUCUUGUUGAUGCAUAUACCAUCCAUGCUGCCAGCGCAAUGGCAGCCAACACUCUCCUUCGUUCCGUUAUCGGCGCUGUUCUGCCGCUUGGUGGGCUGAGGAUGUAUGAGACUCUCGGUCUAGGUUGGGGUAACUCGCUCCUCGCAUUUAUUGCAUUGGCCCUUGUCCCGCUUCCGGUAAUAUUUUUCCGUUACGGGGAGAGAAUACGGACGAGUAAACGAUUCCAGAUGACAUUUUAGUCGCUUUUUCCCGCACCCUUCUUCUUUUUGCCUUAUUAUCCCAUCUUUGUUCGUUGUGCAUAUUGAUCAGGCAUGUGUCUAUAAUCUCCUCUGCUUUGCUCUUGAUUGAUACCAUCCCUAGAUAUAUCUACAUUCCCAUUUCAUGUGCAUAUUACGUAUUCUGGUCUGAAAUGUUGCUUUUC